AUGCCUGGUGACGAGAGCCAUGAAAUCGCAAACUGCAAGGCAUCGGUGUCAACCUUCGACCCCAAAUGGAGCUACAUUCGCAUCCCGAGCAAAUCGUUCACGAUUGACCGCUCUCGGUGGUCAUGCUUUGGUUCCUCUGAUGGGACGUGCUGGGAUGGAUUCACGGCGUGGUUACGGUCGCGCAUGCUGCCUCGGCUUGAUUCUGAGGAGGAGCGGCUCUACUUCGAGAAAACCGUGGCCUUCCUAAGGUCUGUGCCCCUUUUCAAGCGACAGCUUCCCAGCUGCGAGCUUCCGAAGCUUGCACGAGACCUGAAGCGAAAGACUUGGAGGCCAGGCGACAAGCUUGUGAAUCAGGGCGAGGUUGGUAGGGCUUUCUACCUCGUCGAGUCGGGAGUAGCAAGCGUGAUCGUGGCAGACGAGGAUGGCAAGGAGCACGUGCGCGCAACGCUUAUCGCGGGUGACUAUUUCGGAGGCCACACGCUUGUAGCCGAGAGGCCCAAUGUCGGUACAGUGGUGGCUCAAGGUCCGGAGCAGUUGGUCACGCUGUCCAUGUCGCGCCGGGUGUUCGAGGACUCUGGCUUGAAGGACAAGCUGUGCUUUCCGAAGAGACCAGCUCUCUACUUCGAUCGCGGCCAGCCACGAGAUCAUUCCUUUGACGCCCUGGUAUCCUGUCAGUUGGACCAGCAUGAGCAGGCCCUUGUGUUGGAGGCCUUGAAGAACAACGUGAACUUGCGGGCCUUGCACAAAGUUGACAACGAGGUCAUGCAGAGCAUCGCACGUGGUGCCGUGCGCCGCUUCGUUCCCAAGGGCACAGUAGUGGCCCAGAGCGGCACGCUGGGCAAGGAGUUCUUCAUCAUCAAGACAGGAAGGUUCCAUGCAGUGGCAGAGACGGACACCUCUGACGGCCAAAAGUCUGCGGAGGCCACCGUGGCCCAGCUGACGAUGUCGGAGCGCCUCAAGCGAAAGCAAACCUUUCUGAAGAGCUUGUGCCGACACAAAGGGUCCAAUCCGUUAUUCAACCACUCGCAGUCAGUUCGCGUGCCUGGUCCGAGGGGCCCGAAGGCAAUGGCCGACUGGGCGGAUGAGCUUAACAACAUGUCCGGCCAACGUGGCCCCUCCUCUGGUGCUUCCACGCUGACAAUGACGUCGCCUUGUAGUGAGACGACUAGGAGUUCCAGCUUGGUGCCCGGGACACCUCUCAGCACGGUGCCUUCCAUGAAGGAUUUCGGUACUGCAGCAAACUUCCAGGUGGGUGACAAGGUUACCAUGUUGCCUGACGAAGAGCCUGCGGAUGACAGAGACGACCCGGUGGGUACCGUCAUGGACUCCGGGCGCGAUGGAGCAGGUCGAUCCUGGGUCAAGGUUGCCUUUGACGCCCGAGACAUGUCUGGUGAGUGGGUGGCAGGGGGCACCCAGCACACAUUGGUGGCGGCAGCUCUGGCUGUAUUCGCAGCUUCAGCUCUGACCUUCGUGGCGCCGCAAGCGCCGCCGGCACGGGGGACGCUGUCCGGAGUGCAGAUGCAGGCAGGUGGGGAGUACACCGGUUUCGUGCCAGACUUGCAGCGCCGUCAGCUGAUGAACUUCGUGCUGGUGACCACGGCCGCCAUCCCGGUGCUGGUGGCCCUUGGCUGCUACUUGUGGUACUUCGUGCCACCCGUGGCCGGCGGUGGCAGCGGUGCGACGCUGGCUGGUGACCAGGACGGCAACCCCAUCACCCUGGAUAGCUGGGUGAAGAGCCACAAGGAGAACGAUCGCGAGUUGGUCUUGGGCCUCAAGGGCGAGCCCUUCUACCUCAUCUCCACGGCGGACAACAUCAAGGACUUCGCCCUGCUGUCCGUGUGCACGCACCUUGGCUGCGUCGUGCCCUGGAACAAGGGUGCCAACAAGUUCUGCUGCCCCUGCCACGGCUCGCAGUACGAUGAGAACGGCAAGGUGGUGCGAGGCCCCGCCCCGCUGUCCCUGGCGCUCGCCCACACCACCACCACGGAGGGCAAGAUCGCCCUCACCCCGUGGCCUGAGAAGGACUUCCGCACCGACCUGGACCCGUGGUGGAAGGUCUAA